ACUAAUUCAAAUGCGUCCUCAAAUGAAAUAGCGGUACAGAUAAAUUCAUCACCUGCAUCAGCUUUGUGUUCUUUCCUUGCUGACGCUGGCUGUGAAGAGCGGUACAGAGUGAGAGUGGUAUACUUUUGCAAGGAGGUGAUCAGAAGGCAGAAGUGGGAAGUGAGAGAUCGCCUGUUUAUCAUCACUGAAUCAGGGACUGUGAGUGAACAGAUACUUUGGCUGAUAGCUGUAGCCUCAUCUUCCCCAAAACAACAGCAGAUUCUACCACGGACCUGAUAAGGAUAUAUAUGGGAAAUGUCUAUUUUUGUUUUGUUUUUCUACAUUAGAAGCAUCUGAUUAUUGUACCAUUGCGGAGUGAGUCGGGGAUCGAAAUCACGUUAAGAAGCAGGAGACUGGUUUUGGAUGUUGAUGCUUAAAAUGUGCUAAUUUCACAGGAGAAGCUGAGAGAAAAUUAAGCAUAUGCAAGGAUAGCUGCUUGGGCAAUUGAUGAAGCACAUUUAAGAGGCAACCCACUGAGUCCAUUCGGUGUAGGAUGUAGAAUGAUUCCUAUUCUGAGAUUAAAAGAACAGCCACAGCUCUGGCAGAUGAACGGAGAACCCCCUCCCUGGAUUUGGAGGAUCCCAGCUGCUUCUGGGCUCUACAGGAUCGGUGGGGCGCCCCCUCCUUUCUUAGUCUCUUCUCGUCACCCCCCUCCUCUACUGCAAGCUGUUGCUGGUUGGCAACUUCCUUGUGAUCCCUUUCUGCCUUUGAUGCCAAUGCCCUCUGCACCAGAAGCUGCUGUUCAUCAGUUUCCUUUGCGUAAUGUUCAGUGGGAAAUGACUUCUGGACCACCUGUUGUGGGAUUCCAACAUUCUACAAACAUGGAUUUACUUCCCAUAUUCCCCCAAGUUUACACAUCAGUCUUACCACCCUGUUUUCGGAAGAGAUGGAUAGAGAAAAGGAUACCAGAAUACAAGGUCUACCUAAAUAAUUCACUUGCAAUGGAUACAACAUGGAUACAUCCUGAAGAAGUAAGACUUUUCCAGAGGCAUGAGAAACCACUUCUGAUAACAAAUCAAGUAGCAAUGAGUAGAUCUCGACCAGCCACUGCCUCAGCGAAUCUCCACACGAUUUUGGUAACACCUCAGUCUCUAUCAGGGGGCUGUCCAAUUGCUAUCAGACAGGUUGGAAGCAACAAGAGGUUUGCAUUAGCUGCUGCGGCAGCCAGAGCGGCCAUGGUGGCAGUCGAAUCAGAAGCAUCUCAGGGCCCAUCUUCUGCCAGCACCCAACCUUAUCAUGUACUAACACUGGCUCCAAUCAAGAUACCACUUCUGUCUACUCCUGUAAUGUCAGCAGCUCUUUCUGGAAUGGAUGGGCAGUUGCCAGCACAAGUCGCCAGGGUAACAGCAGUCUCAGCUCCAGCUAUGUCUUUCAUGGCUAGUGACUGGAUAGAUAAAACACCAGCAGAUAAGAGCAUUGAGGAUACUCGAACUUUGUGCACAGGGACACUCAUUUUCCAUACGGAUCAGCAGACUAAAUCAACUGAAAGCAAAAAUGAGGAGGAUUCUAGCAAGAUGACUGUUGAAGAAGAAAUCACUCCCAAGGAUAACAGGCCUGUGGCAUCUACUCCUGUUCCUGGAUCACAAUGGUGUGUGGUCUGGACUGGGGAUGAUCGAGUCUUCUUCUUCAAUCCCACAAUGCAGCUGUCUGUAUGGGACAAGCCAAUUGACCUUAAAAGUCGAGGAGACCUCAACAGGAUUAUUGAAGACCCACCACACAAGCGCAAAAAAGAAGCAUCAACAACAGAUGAAAGCUCUAAUUAUCAUACAGAAGACAGAAAUGAGGAGCACACCACCAAAACAAAAAGAAACAAACUUGAGGAGCCUGUAGAGCCGAAGCAAGAGAAGGAAGAUACAGAGGAGAAAACCCUCAAAGUGUCCCCUCACCGGACCAUCCUUCCUUUGGAAGUGCGCACCGGUCACUUCAGAGAUAUGCUUCUUGAGAGAGGGGUUUCAGCAUUUUCCACUUGGGAAAAAGAGUUGCACAAAAUAGUUUUUGACCCUCGCUAUCUCCUGCUAAAUUCAGAAGAAAGGAAACAGGUAUUUGAACAGUUUGUCAAGACCAGAAUAAAAGAAGAAUAUAAGGAGAAAAAAAGCAAAUUACAGCAGGCCAAAGAAGAAUUCCGAAAACUUCUUGAGGAAUCUAAGAUAACAUCCAGGUCCACAUUCAAGGAAUUUGCAGAGAAAUACGGCAGAGACCAACGUUUUAAAAAUGUUCAGAAGAAGAAAGAUCAGGAACAUUUCUUCAAUCAGUUUAUAAACAGUUUGAAAAAGAGAGAUAAGGAAAACAGACUAAGACUGAGGAAGAUGAGAUGAAAAGGACAUCAACUUUGCAACAGAGGAUUCCAAAUACUGUGACAGAAUUGCAGAACACUAAAUCCAAUCGUCUGUCUGUAAGAUCCAAAUUGAAAUUCCAGUGAAUGGUACAACUGGUCAUAGUACUUUCAAACUUCUAGAAAUUCCACUAUGUUUUCAGUUUUCUAAUGUUAAUGUGUGAUUCAGUUGUACAUGUUAUGAAGUAAAUCAGUUCUCAGAUUUAAUCUGUUUCAUAUUGAAGCUCUUUAUAAAGUCGGUGUUAUGCAUUCAAAUCACUAUAAAUUAUAUAUCCGUUAUGCAAAUCGCAUUGUAAUAUAUGAACCUAAAAAUUAUAGGUUCAUAUGUAGUUAUAGGUAUAGGUUAGGCAGACACUAUCGACGUUUUUAAAAAAUAAAUAACAAUUGAUCUUUAAUUCUCUGAGAAAACAACAGCAUUUUGAUUUACCCAUGUUGGUCUCUGCCAAUACAAAGUUUUGCCUCUUUUUUUUUGGUGUGUGGACAAGAAGAAACUGUUGGUCAUAAUAUCCACCAUAAAUGUUCAAACAUCAACCAGUGUGUAUGUAAUAGAAAGGGGUUAUUAAUUCUAGUAAUUGUAGUAAUGUUUUGAACUUUCAGUGAUGAGUGUUUCUUUGUUUAACUCACAGGUAUGAUAUAAACUACUUGUGUUGUUUAGUAGUAAAAUAACUUUAUUCAAAUGCAAAGUUGUUGUGGAAUCUCACAGUUGACUGAUUAAAAGUAACAGAUAACCUAAAAGUGUUUUUAAUAUCAAAA